GGCUUGGAGACCCGGGUACGCGGCGGUGCAGGCGGGGUUCCCGGAGGGGGCGGGGCUCCGGGCGGCGCGGGGCGGGGCGGGGGCGGGCACACGAGGGGCGGGGCGCGGGCCGGGAGCGGCGGGCAGGCCGGGCAUGGCGUCCAUGGCGGCGGCGAUCGCGGCCUCGCGCUCGGCGGUCAUGAGCGGGAACCGGCCUCUGGACGACCGGGAGCGAAAGCGCUUCACUUACUUCUCGUCGCUGAGCCCCAUGGCCAGGAAGAUCAUGCAGGACAAGGAGAAGAUCCGCGAGAAGUACGGGCCCGAGUGGGCGCGGCUGCCGCCCGCGCAGCAGGACGAGAUCAUCGACCGGUGCCUGGUGGGGCCGCGCGCCCCGGCGCCCCGAGACCCCGGGGACUCGGAGGAGCUCACGCGCUUCCCCGGCUUGCGCGGGCCCACGGGCCAGAAGGUGGUGCGCUUCGGGGACGAGGAUCUAACUUGGCAAGAUGAGCACUCUGCCCCUUUCUCCUGGGAAACAAGGAGUCAGAUGGAGUUCAGUAUCUCCGCCCUAUCCAUCCAGGAGCCGAGCAACGGCACUGCUGCCAGCGAGCCCAGACCACUGUCCAAAGCUUCCCAGGGCUCCCAGGCCCUCAAGUCCUCUCAAGGCAGCAGGUCCUCCAGCCUGGACGCCCUGGGCCCCACCAGGAAGGAGGAAGAAGCAUCAUUCUGGAAGAUCAAUGCCGAGCGGUCCCGAGGGGAGGGGCCUGAGGCCGAGUUCCAGUCGCUGACCCCUAGCCAGAUCAAGUCCAUGGAGAAGGGGGAAAAGGUCUUGCCUCCCUGCUACCGGCAGGAACCUGCCCCGAAGGACAGGGAGGCCAAGGUGGAAAGGCCCAGCACCCUGCGUCAGGAGCAGCGUCCUCUUCCCAACGUGAGCCCCGAACGUGAGCGACCCCAGCCUGUCCAGGCCUUCAGCAGCGCGCUGCACGAGACCGCCCCCUCCCAGCUCGAGGAGAAGCUGCCAUCUCCUGACAUCAGGCAGGACGACGGGGAAGACACCCUGUUCUUGGAACCCAAGUUUGCACAGGUCAGCUCAAGUAAUGUCGUCUUGAAGACGGGAUUUGAUUUUCUGGACAAUUGGUAAAAUGUAUCAGAAAAAUACAAUGAAGAACCCUAAAAUGUUUUCCAAAGUGGUGUGGUGGAGGAGGAUAAAAAGGGCCACCUUUUCCUAUGUAUUUUCCUGGUUUCUUGACACUCUUUUCUUAAUCAUUUGGAAACUGGUCAAUAUUGCCAGAUUUUUUUCUUUUUUGGUAGAACCAGAUAUAUAUGCUAUUUUCUGUGAUUUGAUAACAGAAGUUUUACAUUUGGAAUUUUUAAGGUCUGUUAAUAAUUCAGGAGAUCUUGUAAAUAAAACUUCUGUUCCCAGCUCCACCCAAUUUUCCCCCUCCUCAAAGGAUGUGUUUCAGCCAUGUCACAAAAAUCAUAUAAGUGAUUUCCAUGUCCUUCUCCAUUAUUCCCCCUCCCCCCUCCGCUUUUUACCAUACGGGUUCCUUUUCGUGGGUGAUUGACGGUGCUGUUAUCAGCCAUGACAUCAGCAUGCUGGCCAUGACCCUGGAAAGACUGGCCCCCAGCAACGUUCUCAGCCAGUGCUCGCAGCUGUCCGGGGCUUCUCUGGCGGAAGCCACGUCUCUCACAUCAUGUGCCAGCCUCCACCCUCACGCCAUUUCCAGGGAACAGACUGCGGGUAUGUGGCAGUGUAGUCUUUAAGCUGCCCUGAUACAUAUUCAGAGUACGGAUUGUUGUUUAAAAAGAGUUGCAUGUUUAAAGAGUUUUGUAUUAACUUUUCAUUAUUUUGUAUCUAGAUUAUCAACAAUGGGGCUACCACUUUCCUUGGUUUUGUAUCCAUUUCCUCUUGGAAGUUCUUGUUGCUUAUGUGACCUGUCGGUUGUUCCCCGGAAUGGGCACCUGCAGGAGUCAGGGCAGACGGCAGGCGUGGCUGGAGGACAGGGCUCUUCUGCUUAGUUGUGUUAGAGUCUUCCAGCAUGGGACUGGUGGGAGCAGUGGGUAUUCUUUAUCCCAAGGGCUAGCCAGGCUGCAUCAUGACGGGCCUUCCCCAGCCCUGACCACCACCAGAAGCGGAAGAGUGGAGUUUGCGAUCAACUCAGCAGUGCCCGUGGAGACCUGCGUAGUGUCAGAGCAGCAGUGUCUCUUGGAGCUGGUGCAGACACCAAGGCCGCCCAGUGGUACAAGGUGGCCCACCUCCCCUAGAGAAGCUGCUGCACUCAGAGGCUGCCCUGCCCAGUGGCCCCUGAGCUGCGUGAGCCUGCAGGAGGCAUCCGAGCAGAGCCUCAAGCCCGGUAUGGCGCCAUCUCCACGUUGCCAUCACUGCGUUCUCACCUGAAGCCUUAAUCUCUGCGACCCCUGCCAGUGAGCGCUUGGUUUCAAUACCAAAGUGUGUCUUCUUUUUUUUUUUUUUUUAAAAAUGCCUGUUUCAUAGGACCUUCUGAAAUGAUUUCCAGAAUAUUUUAUCUGGCUCCAAAAUAAAGCACAUAGCAAAUCACCUCAACCCCUCAUCACCUCCAGGAAAGUUUCUGCCAAAGCUGUGGCAUAGCCAACUUUUGGUUUGGUUCUUGCCAAUUGCUUUAUGUCCCUAAACCUCAUGUAGAUCCUUGGGGUGUAGUUUAUCUUUCUCCUUCAGUGAUUUACUGUAACUUUUCAAAUAUUGGUUCUUUCUGUACCAUUUAAGUAUAGUUGAUAUAUGCGAGGCAGAAAAGGUUUCAGCAUGGUGGUGAGGGAAAAAGGAGCUUAGAAAUCCCAGUUGGCACGGUCUGAGCAAGUGCCAGCUUCCCCCAGGGCUAACGGCACUGUUCACACAGGGAUCCUCAGAAUCAGCGGCCACCUGCCUCCACCUUCUGCCUGGAGGGCACGGGGCUGUUGUAGAACCUGUGGUAGCAAAUGUAUAUGUAUGAGUUUGUAUUCUGUAGUGUUUGUGUAGCACAGAAGAAAGACUUGUGUCCUAGACAGUAGGCCAAGGUUAUCUGCCUCUUGGGAGAAAUUCUAAUUUCUUUCCCACUUUCUCAUAAAGCCCAAUAUUCCCUCCAAGUUCUUCUUGGUGCUGAGGGCUAUAGGAAUUAUUGAAAGCUUCUGCCUCACUUAGUACCGUCUGGGGCCCAGCACCUAGCAAUGCUAACUCUAUUAACAAUGUUUCUUAAUGGUAUAGCCUCCUGAGAUUAAAUGUAAAAUCCAAAAUUAGGAAAUCUUGGAGGGAGUCCUCAAGUUGUAUUGCUUUGCUGUACUUGUGGAAGAAGGGACGACCUGGAGGACACGGGCUCGUGUGUGGGUCUUCAUCCUGCCUGACCGGCAGAUCUUCCUCUACACCUUGGGCAAAGUCUAUGCAAAGAUGGUUUCUUAGCUCUCCAUUUGCCGUAUUUUUCCUCCCAUGCAUCAGGAGGGAGUUUCUCAAACCAGGAGUUUAUAUUUAUUUUUUAGGAAAUACACACUUUUCAGGAGAAACCUGAGCAUGAUUUUGGAUCCUCCACCUCCCCCCAGUCUCUGCACCUGGGAUUCAGCUCAAGGAUUCAGUGUCUUCAUUUUUACACAAGUUCCCCCAAGAAAUCAGCAACCAGCCUCUGUUUCAUCUGGGGGCCCCUCCCUUUGCCCCCUGGGUUUGGGGGUGCUGCCCCACUGGGAACAGCGGGGGUCUGUCACCCGUCUGAGCUGCACCACCCUGUGUGGAUUUCAGGAACAGCCUCCUUUUCUUUGCGUCUCCCUUUCUUUAAUUAACGUUUUCAAAAAUAAUAAAUUCUUACUGACGACUUGUAACUUAGUCAUAUUUUAUACUCGUAGCCUUUAAUAAAACCAUUUAAAAAAUGCUA